AUGUCUCAUCAAAAUGACUGGACUGACAGUUUGGACAACCUGCAAUGCCCAACCGUCUACAGUGAUGGCCAGAUCACGACUGCCGAUGGCAAGCACCUCGACCUCGACAUCACAAGCCAUGCAACACAAGAGCUAGCUGAUCAGAGGCAAGCUGGAUUUGCGGUGCUGCAUUUUGCAUCAAAACCACUCUUGGCAUUGGAUGACGCCGACAUCCCCCUCACACCGCGGCCCUCUCUGCGACAGAGACUGCAGGAAUCAAGCAUCCUGCACCAUGCACCUGACAAUCACCCAUUCGAUCUGCAGUCUCAAGGCCAGGGGGCGUCAGGUAUUUGCCAUCCAGUCAGCACCCUCGCGAGCCGCGGUUACAUCGUGCAAUUGCCGAGCAGCGGCCAAUUAAGCGACCAGCAGAUCCCCACGAGAGAUGAAAUGGAGGUGAGCGCCAAUUGUCCACACCUCGCCACCCACACUCAUAUCCACACCCACACUUUCUGGCCACUGGCUGCUGAAAACGGGAUGGAGAGGCGGAUUCUCUCACAUAUUGCGCACUUUCUCGCUACCGCCCGCAGCUGGAUUGGUGUCUAUAACAAGGGAUCCGUUUCCGUGAUAUAG